CGGAGCCGACGGAGUACAGUGAACGGCGGUGGUGGGUAAUUUGUGUUCGUGUCGGCGCAUCGUUUCUGUGCAAAAAGCCAAGUCUACGACAGCACUCGACGCUCGACGCCAGUCAUCGCUUGAUGUUCGGAAAAAUCGGCGAUCACGUCUUAAGUCGCAACGAUACGGAAAAGAAGAAAGAGACAGACGUCAGGAAAUAAAAAGAGUACAAUCAGAUUCCCGUGAUAUUGUCAAUGAAUUCCGGUUUAAAUCGUUCGCUCAUUCCGGUAGUUAUCUUACAUGUACAUCCUCAUCAAAUCAAGGUGAAACGAAGGUGAACUACUUGUUUUUUCCCGGUGAAGCAGGUUUCUUUGAUGUCAGUUGAAGAAUAAACACGAGACAGGAUGCAAAUUCAACAGAUCCUAGGCGUGUGCCAUCGUCUGGUAGAACUAAUUGUGAGAGGAAUAUCACUAUUAGUUGCUUUUGUCAGAGGGCCGGCGCAAUCUCAACCACCUAUCAAAGAUUUAACUCUCCUGCACAGCACAACCACUUUAGCGUUAAAAAUUCGAAAUAGACAAUUAACUUCCGAAGAUGUGGUAUCUUCAUAUAUAGAAAGAAUAAAAGAGAUUCAACCGAUACUCAACUGUGUGGUCGCAGAAUGCUUUGAAGAAGCUCUUAAAGAAGCGAGAAAAUGCGAUGAACUGUUAAAAUCUCAGGAUGCUCCAUCUGUGGAAUUUCUGGCCAAAGAAAAACCAUUAUUUGGCAUACCUUUUACCACCAAGGACUGUAUUGCAGUCAAAAACAUGCAGCAAACGGCUGGUCUAGUUAUACGGAAAAACACUGUCGUUGAUAGAGAUGCAGAAGUGAUAAGAUUAAUAAGAUCAGUUGGAGCCAUACCUCUGGCACUGACAAAUGUUUCAGAACUGGCAAUGUGGUGGGAAAGCAGUAAUUGUUUAUUUGGUAUCACCAAGAAUCCAUAUAAUACAAGACAUAUUGUGGGUGGUUCUUCGGGUGGUGAAGGCUGUAUACAAGCAGCAGCUGGAUCACCAUUUGGAAUUGGCUCGGAUAUUGGUGGCUCUAUUCGUAUGCCGGCAUUUUUCAAUGGAAUUUUUGGUCAUAAGCCAACUAAGGGAAUUGUUUCGAAUGAUGGUCAAUAUCCUAGUGCACAUGGUGAUGAUCAAGAGCAAUUACUCGCCAUUGGACCAAUGUGUAGAUUUGCACAAGAUUUAACAUUAAUUCUUAAAAUUAUCGCAGAUAAAAAUGCCGAUUUAUUGAAGUUAAAUCAGAAAGUGGAUAUUUCGAAAAUCAAGCUCUAUUAUAUGGAAGACGAUGGUGGUCAGUAUCUGAUUUCGCCAGUGGAUCUAGAGAUAAAAGCCGUUAUGAAAAGAGUGAUAAAUUAUUUCGAAAAAGCGCACAAAGUUAAAGCCACGAAAGUAAACAUAAAGAAGCUUAAAAAAAGCAUAGCCCUCUGGUUAGCAAACAUGUCAUGUAAGAAAGAGGAAGAUUUUUCAUACGAGCUAACCAAUAGAAAAGGUCAACUUAAUGUCUGGUUGGAAAUUAUUAAAUGGAUGUUAUUUAUGAGCAAUCACACUUUGGUUGCUCUUGUCACUGCCAUAUUUGAAAAAUGCGGCUUAAAACAUGGAAGUGAGAAACAUGUUCGACUUAUGCAACAGAGUAAAGAUCUUUAUCAAGAAUUUAAGGAUAUUUUAGGAGAAGACGGUGUGUUUUUAUAUCCAACACAUCCAACUGCAGCUCCAAUGCAUCAUGAACCGUUGUGUAAGCCAUUCAAUUUUUCUUAUACUGCAAUCAUUAAUGUAUUAGGCCUACCGGCUACGGCUUGUCCAUUAGGUUUAAAUAAACAAGGACUUCCCAUUGGAUUACAAAUCGUAGCAGGACUUUAUCAAGAUCAUUUAUCUCUCGCUGUUGCGGAAGAAUUGGAACGAGGUUUCGGAGGAUGGGUACCACCAGCAAUAAUAGCCUGAUGUUUAAUACUGUCAUAGAUAAUAAUUCUAUGAAUGAACGAUACACACAUAAAAGCCUCAUCUUACCUACUCUGCCAUCUUUCUCUUGCGAAGUAUUAUAUUUAUAUCAAGAUUUUCAUCUAUGUAAACACUAUCGAGAGGUAAAGUACAAAUUAUACGAAUACGAAUUAUACGAAUAUGAAUUUGUAUAUAUGAGUAUGUAUA